AAAUAAAAAAACGUAAAACGCUCUCUCCUCUCUCUUCUCCCCUCUGUUUCUCGCGGAACUGAACCGCUUUCCAUCGCUGUUCAAGCGUGCGACUCCUCAAUCGCCAAAUCCGGCGACGCCCCACCGUCUCUCUGGCGGUUUGGGUCCAAUCCGUUAUGGAUCAAAGGCCAUAUAUGGCCUUUCAUCCUUCAUGGAUCCUCCCACCUGUAUUCUUUUUCAGCAUAUUACCCUAAGGAAAUCCAGACCUUUGAAUCCCUACCUCUGUUGGUGAUGAUGUCGAAUGUGGUGGCCAUUUACAAUGACACUACCAUUGCUGCUUCUGAGGAGCGUGAUGGUCUCAGUCUCCUUAGACGUGUAUUUGGCCCUGCUCCCUCUGCUGGUAGCCUACAACAUUUUCUCGCUCAUAUUUGGAGAUGUCAUGGCUCGCUAACAAUCCUUGAAGCCCCUUUUGGUCUCCAUCAAUUCAUCUUUUCAAUUCCUUCUGAUAGGAAGAAGGUGAAGGCGGCAACCCCUUGGAUUUUGGAUCGCAUAAUGAUCCAUCUCCAAGACUGGUGCAUGCCUUCGGCGGAAGUGGUAAAAUCCUUACUCAAAGUCCCGCUUUGGCUGCAAUUUUGGGAGGCCCCUUCUCGCUGUCUUACAUCUCUAAUUGCAUGCUGCCUAGGUUCUGCUCUAGGUUCUCUCCUAGAGGCUGGCAUGCAUAUUGGCUCCAAGAUAGGCGGCAUUUUUCUCCGCGCAUGGGGUCGGUUGGACGUGUCUCUUCCAUUUCCCAAAUCUGUACAAGCUUCUCACGAGGAUCCGUCCAAGGGAUCAUUCAAAUCUAAGGUCUUGUACGAACGCCUUCCCAUCUUCUGUUUUUGUUGCGGUAUUAUUGGGCAUACAAGUAAGCGCUGUCAUCUUGCUCCGGAAUUCAUUAGCAAAGCGCUGCCUUAUGGGAAGUGGAUCCUGGCGAGUGAGAUGGGUUCAAAGGUGGAUGAUCGAUCCCUUCGCUGUCGGUUUGCAAGGACUUCGUGGUCCCGGGCGGAUGGUUUUCCUUCCCGUUCUACACCUCUAAGCCUUCCGCCGCCGGAACAUCAAUCUAAGGAGGAGAAGACUCGUUCCUCUCUCCAGCGACUGUCUAUCUCCCCAAGGCUUGAUCCUGAUCCUUCAUAGGCUAUCCCUCUUGGCAGGAAGCGCACCAGUGGGGAUGGAGACCUGGACCCGAUGGCUGCGGAUCUUGGUCAGUCGCCGCUCAAGUCCUCUCGCCUGUCUUCUUCCUUUUUCUGGAAGAUGGCGAUUUGGAGGCCUCGGCUCAUGUUUUUUCUAAAGAGAGCGGGAGAAUCUAUGGUUCUGAUUCGGUGGUAGAAACCGGCCCUAACCAGUCCCAGUCGUCGAUAUGAGUUUCCUCGCAUGGAAUUGUCGUGGUUUUGGCAAAGCCUUGGCAAGGAAAUCGCUCUUAGCUGCUGUUCGUAUUAGGCGUCCUAUGGUGGUUUUUCUUUGUGAAAGUAAAUGCAAGGAUAAUAAAGUUAAGAAUCGUCU